AAAAACCUUUUUGUUAUUAUUUCUAUGUUUUCAGCUCUAAAAUGCCCAGUGACAAGCAGGCCGGUUCUAGAACUGAGAUGAAAUGCCUGAACGCUCCUCAAGACGACGACAGCUGCAGCUCCAACAGCAACGACUUUGCGUACUCUGACUGUCUCAAGAAGAAUCCUCUCAGUGUGCAAUACCCAGAUGCAGAUCCAGAGAGUCAAAACUUCCUCUCUGAUCAUAACCCAAGCAAGAAGAAGUAUGAAGCUGAAUAUCAUCAGGGCAGUGCCUCCUUCGGCAUGUCCGUCUUAAACCUGGGCAACGCCAUCAUGGGCAGCGGCAUCCUGGGUCUGUCCUUCGCCAUGGCCAACACCGGCAUCGCCCUGUUUGUGAUUCUCCUGGUUUCCGUUGCCAUUUUCUCCUUGUAUUCUGUCCACUUGUUGUUGAAGACAGCCAAUGAAGCAGGUGCUCUUGUUUAUGAGUCACUGGGUUACAAAGCUUUUGGGAUCCCAGGAAAACUGGCUGCUUCCUGCUCCAUCACCAUGCAGAACAUUGGAGCCAUGUCAAGCUACCUCUUCAUUAUCAAAUACGAACUCCCCAUUGUUAUUCAGUCCCUUACUGGAGCAAAUGAUGGUGAAUGGUACAUCAAUGGAGAUUACCUUGUGAUUCUGGUCUCAAUUAUUGUUAUCUUACCUCUCACACUGCUCAGGAACUUGGGUUACUUUAGUUACACCAGUGGUCUCUCUCUGCUCUGCAUGGUGUUCUUUCUGAUUGUGGUGAUCAUUAAGAAGUUCCAGACGCCAUGCCCUCUGCCUGUUCCUGACACUGGAAAUGAAACCAUUCUUAUGUUCAACAUCCCCCCCCAAAGCGACAACGCUACUACUGAUGAUGAUACUUGCAAGCCUAAAUACUUUGUCUUCAACUCACAGACUGUCUAUGCUAUACCCAUCCUCACUUUUGCCUUCAUGUGCCAUCCUACUAUCCUACCCAUGUAUGAGAAGCUCAAAGACCGCUCACGCCGAAAGAUGCAGAAUGUGGCCAACGUUUCCUUCAUGGCCAUGUUCAUCAUGUACCUGCUGGCUGCCCUCUUUGGAUACCUCACCUUCAACAUCCAUGUGGGACCUGAGCUGCUCCACACCUACUCAAACUACUACAAGGACGAUAUCCUCCUGCUGGUUGUUCGCCUGGCUGUGUUGGCUGCUGUCACACUCACAGUUCCUGUGGUGCUCUUCCCUAUUCGUACCUCAGUCGGCCACCUGCUGUUCCCAGGAAAAGACUUCAGCUGGAUCCGUCACAUUAUCAUCACCCUGAUCCUGCUAGCAGGAACCAACAUUGUGGUCAUCUUUGUUUCCAGCAUCAAAGAUAUUUUUGGCUUUAUUGGUGCCUCUGCUGCUGCAAUGCUGAUCUUCAUCCUGCCCUCAGCUUUCUAUCUCAGACUGGUUAAGAAGGAGUCAUUCAAAUCCAUGCAGAAGAUUGGAGCUACGUUGUUCCUGAUAUUAGGAUUUGUUGUCAUGUUUGGCUGCAUGACUCUUAUCAUCUACGACUGGAUCGUGAACUCUAUGAACGACCAAGGUCACUGAGGCUCCAGCUCUUCUGCUAGCAGAGAGGAACUGAAUUUAUUUUU